AGUUUAAAUCUUACUUUUGAGUACAAAACACUUGUAAAGAAAUGUACUCGCUACUACUCGUUCUGGUCGCUUUGGCGGGAGUAAAUGCAGAGGUUAUAAGGACGGCUCAAAUAAUCGGGUUUGAAAUGGGUGGAAGCCAGAUUACAUUCAGCUUGGAUGGAUUUGGAAUUGACGAAAUAGACCACCUCAAAUGUGUUGUUCGAUUCCACGACGGCCGUGAUUCUAUCGAGAUAGAACCGUCAGUUCCUCGUGACGGACUAAGUGCGAUCUGUCGUCUCACACCAGAGAUCAACGCGGGAAGUGUUGACAUUGACCUUGAAGUCGCCACAACGGCACUCAAAACUGCGAUAGUAUCACAAACAUUAUUCGUCGAUCCGAUUCCACUAGCUGAGGUUAGAGUCGUUGAGAACUGGGACACCAAUCAACUGUCUUUAACUUGGAAUGCCGAAUAUUUCGCGCAAUUUUUCAGCCCAGGUGCAACGAUCAUGAUGCAAUUAACUGUGUACGUUGCGGAAAGUUUCGAGCCAGUCUUCGAAACGUCUCAGAUUGUUCAACUCGUUGGACAAAAUUUAGGCUCUACGACGGUUACGCUUUCGUCUCUCAACGUAGCAAGAUUUAUAAAUAUUCUCUUCCCAUAUUUCUAUGUUUUACGAGCGGUAGGAACACAGUCGGAUAUUUAUGCAUCUUCGAGAGUGUUCGCACCAACUGUAGGGAUGGAUGAAUCUGCGGCUGAGGAAACGUGUUCAAAUUGGCUGAAUUUUGCAAGCGUACCUACUCCACCUGAAGAGAUCCAUCCAUGUCCGCCUUGCCUGUGUCAGGUUGAAUUAGACGCAAACUUCGUUCCGUCGGAAUAUCCACCACAAUUGGUUGAAUUGGCAAAUGGCGCAUUAAAUGAUCACGUUCUGUACUAUGAACGAGUGCCUACCCAGUCAGGAUACGCUCAAUCAUGUUCAUAUAACCGGUUGACUCGAAAUCUCGCAACCACAUCACCAGCACAAGCUGCUUGGAUCAACUUUGUCAGCAAGCACACUUCGUACUUGCACAAUUACUUUGCAGAUAUCUGGCCUUACAUGGUUUGUUGCUUGCAGAGUAAUAGUCAAGAGUAUUGUGACCUCUUCCACGAGAAAAGACCCAUAGAUACAGGACACGAAUACCCAGGGACAGAAAAUCCGUGCACCGGAUGGGGAGAUCCUCAUAUGGUGACCUUUGAAUCAGUCAAGUAUGAUUUCAUGGGAUAUGGAGAGUUUUGGCUUAUCCGAGGUCCAGAAGGAAGCGAAUUUGGAGUUCAAGGAAGAAUGUCACCGAAUGCUAUAGGCCAGUUGGUCUCCUUCUACAAAGCCGUUGCAGUUAGGGACGGAAACACAACGGUUCAAAUUGAAAUGCGAGCAGGAACCUUACUAGUAUUUCUAAACGAAUUGCAACUUCGUUUUUCAACGCUUCCUGUAUCAUUCCCUAUGGAUAGCGUUUUCCUUGUCAUCGACAGUAACCGUGUAGAGGUACGAUUACAAAGUGGCUUUUCAAUCAUUGUUGAAGGUCGAGGUUCCACAUAUGUCGAUGUAUAUGGUAGUGGUGCACAAUAUAAUAAGGGUAAAGGUUUUAUGGGCAUCUUUGGAAACUUCGAUGACAAUCCUGACAAUGACUUAACGAGCCAGGAUGGAUUUGUGAUUCCACCGACUGCAGAGAACCUUAGGGAUUUGAGCUUGCUCCACCAUAGAUUCGGACUGACCUGGCUGGUAAAUAGAACCGAAAGCUUCUUCGUCUACGAGGACGGUAAAAGUUGGGAUGAUUUCGUGAAUGUUGGUUUCGGACCUAUUGCGCAAUAUCCGGAUCCGGCAACAUUGCCGGAGGAAGUGAGAGAAAUCUGCGGAGACAGUUUGUUUUGCUAUUAUGAAUAUGUGGGUACCGACAGUUUAGAACGGGCAUCAGAAGUUGCUCGAAAGGAAACGGCAUUUGAUGAACUUAGAGAGGAAAUGGAAAGGACGAUCCCAAUGUGCGAUACUUUAGAUCGACCCGCCAAUGGACGAGUUCAGGUAAAUGGGCAUUUGGAUGGCGCAUUGGCCACCUACUCAUGUAACAGAGAAUAUGACUUUGAAAGCGGAGAUAGAGUACGAACGUGUUCUGCGUCGGAUGGGCUAUCAGAAUGGUUAGGUGUAGAACCAGUCUGCAUUUGGACUUGCACAACCUGUCUUGAAAGCAUGGAAUUCGAACUUUCACAUGACCCGAGUGAUUGUUCGAAAUUCUUCCUAUGCUCCUUCGGUGAGAGAUUUUCGUUGGACUGUCCUAUUUCGCAAUCGUUUGAUCCGGAAACGCUCGCCUGCUCAGCUGACCACAAUUGCAAUGGUACUCCCGGUUGUUAGAAGAUCUACAUAGACUAGACACUCAAAAUUCUAUUUUCUCAUUGGAUUAAGUAGUACGAUGCGGGAUGAGAUGUUUUUGUUAAAUUAAAAGUUUUGUUUUUGGAUUACA